GUACAGAGUUUCUUUUUGGGUUGAUGGAAAAGUUGGAUAAUUAAUGAUGGUGAUGGUAGCAUAGUAUUGUCAAUGUAUUUGACACCUCUGAAUUUUAUACUUGAAAGUGGCCAAAAUGGUUAAUUUUAGGUUAUAUAUGUGGUUACCAGAAUAGAACUGUACAACACAAAGAGUGAACCCUCAUGUAAACUAUGUGCUAUAGUUAAUAAUAAAAUUAUAAAUUAUGUUUCAUAAAUAGCAACAAAGUUACCAUACUAAUGCAAAUAUUAAUAAUAGGGAAAACUCUUGAGGAGAUAUAUGGGAAUUUUGUUCUUUCUGCAUGAUUUUUCUGUAAACUUACAACUGUUCUAAUAAAAACAAAAUUUAACUCAUUUGAAACUAAAGAUGUAAGGUAAGACUGCAUGAUUCCCUGAACUAGCAGUGUUCAAAUUAUGUGAGGACAAAAUACUUGUGUUUACUAUCUAAAGUAGUAGAAAUGGAAUCUAACAAAUCCUUUCUGUAUUUAUUUCAGUCUCUCUUGCCUCUUCUGGAGGUGCCAUGAAAAUAUUAAAUGUUAAUCUUAGCAUUGCAAAACAUACUAUAUUUGGAUACUACAAUAUAGUGUUGGCAGUUCUAAGGCAGGAAAAGGUCUGAAAUGUAGGAUAUUUUUAAAAGAAAGGUAUCUUUGCUAUUUGAAAUAGAAAAUAAUUAAGAAUACAAAUGAAAUUCAUCCAAACAUCCAUACUAGAAGACCUAAUUCAGGAAUUAAAUAAAUGUUGUUAUUUGUAAAUCUUAUAUCUCUAAGUGUAGUUUUGAAAGUACUUGAAAACCUGCAUCUCAUUUGUACCAUGUUGAAUCUUGCUAAGGGGAGAAAAAGUAAUUCAAAUUAAUGAGGUCUAAACGAACAAAUUUGUUGGCAUUCAAUUGCUUGUAAGAAGGUUUUUUUCCCUUCCACAAAGAGAACUAGGUUUUUUAUACUGGUCAAAAUGAUUACUUGGGGAAAUUAAUCUUUUCCUAUGUUAAAAGAUAAUUUUUCCAAAAAUAUAACUAUAAAAUAAAGACUCUUAUACAGAUAGAAAAUGAACAUGUGUUAAAGAUUUUUAUUUAACUUAUUACUGAUGAUGGAACAGGUAAGAAGUUAUACCAGUUCAAAUGACAAUCCAAAGAAUAGAAACAUUGAAGAGAUUGGGAAUAUUGAAAUAAAUGUGCAAACCUGGCUUCUACAUUUGGGGAGGAAAGUUGAGUAAACCUCCAUUGGACAGAGUUGUAAAAUAAUUCAAAGGCAGUGAGCCUACAUUUAAUCAGAAUGUGAUAAUUUGGAUAUGCUCUCAACAAUGCAGUUUUCCAUUGAAGCAGAUACUUUUCUCUAUACCUAUAUUAUCGAUUUUAAACUACCACCACCCCACCCCCACCCAGCAAUCUUCACUAGUGUCAGCCUUCCUGGAAGUCAAGUACACGUCUGUGUGUGUGUGUGUUUUUCUUGUUCUUUUGAUAUGCUCUAUAAAAUACAGAAAAUGCUUGGUAAAUGUUUAAUUGGAUUGAUUGAAGCAGGACAUCUCAAACUGUAAUGUGCUUAUGUAUCAACUGUGGAACUGUUUUUUUAUUGUGGAUUAUGAGUCAAUGAGUCUUGGGCUGCCCCUGACAUUCGGCAUUUCUAGUAAGUUCCCUCCUGAUGCUAGUGCUGGUCCAUGGACAUAUAUAUAGGAGUGUAAUUAAGGAAGGGAUUAGAUAGCUAAUCAUUAUGGAAGAACAAAGCACCAUAACUACAGAUGAAGGAAGCAAUAUGGAGCUGCUGUACUAUCACAUAAAGAAAAUAAAUAAUUUUUGGCCACAUUGCCAAAACACAGACCAAAAAGAGCAGUUGCUGGGAAGCAAAUCCAAAAAGCUCUACAACAGAACUUUAGCUAGGGGAAAAAAAGGACAAAAAGAGCUUGAAGGAGGACAUUGAAUAUUACAGAGUAGGAGCAACCAGAAGGUAUAAUUCUUAGAAGCCAGACAGUGACCACUUAAGAUCACUGCCUGAAAUUUUUGCUCCUUGAGCUAGCUGGACUUUUCUUUGGCAGUAUAUGAGCAAACUACCUAACAGUAGAUCAGGAAGCUAACCUAUCUAAGCAUUAAGCUGCCUUGACAAAGGUUGUAAAGUUAAGGAAACAGUCUACAACUCCAUCCUCAUUUUUGACACCAACUCCAGAAUUUGGGGAUCCCCAAGGCCAUGCUCAAGAUUCCGUAAUUCCCCGAAAGGAUUCACAGAACUCACUGAACUAUGUUAUUUUCUUGGUUAUGGUUUGUUACAGUGAGAGGAUACAGAUUAAAAUCAGCCAAGGGAAGAGAUUAAUGAAGCAGAGUUCAGGAGAGUUUCAAAAUGUAGACCUUCCAGUUGUCCUCUCCCGGUGGAAUCAUGGACAACAUUAACUCCUGACAACAAUGUGUGGUAAUAGUAAUAUGCACAGAGUAUUGCCACCCAGGGAAGCCUACUUGAGCCUUGGUAUCCCGAGUUUUUGUUGGGGCUUAGUCACCUAGAUAUGGUUGGCCACUCACAUAGCUGAACUCAGUCUCCAGCCCUUGUGCAGGUCGAGCUGAUUCUGUGUGACCCAAAGCCUCUGUCUUAAACCUCAUAGUUCUGCAAUUUGUCAUGAUCCAAGGCCCUGGGUAAACAGUGAUACUCUUUAUCAGGCAGGACAUUCCAGGGGUUUAGAGAUUACUUUCCACGAGCUGGGGGCAAAUACCAGACCUCUCGUUGGGCAAGGUUAAAUUCUUUACUAUCAUAGCUGUAUACACUUGUACUAUGAUAAUUACUCAAGUCAGUGGUACAGUUUUUACCAUGAUAAUUUACUCAAGUCAGUGGUACAGAUAUGCCACUGACUUUUAACCAUGUGUAAAAUUUAUUUUUUUACUGUAACUGACAAUUACUUGUCUUCUAUCAAAUAGGACAUUUUUAAAUUUUAAACCGAGCAGGUCUCAUAAUUUGUUGAUAGAGUUCAGCUUUAAAAAAAAUGGUAGACUGUUGUUGGAAGCUGACACCAAAGUAAGAUGCAGAAUAUGCAUAGUAAAAAUAGGGUUGCCAGAUUUAGCAAAUAAAAAUAUAAGAUGCCAGUUAGUUUGAUUUUUAGAUAAAUAAUAAAUUACUUUUAACAAUAUUUGGGACUUCAUUAAAAUAAAGACUAUUAAUUCAAACUUACCUGAGUGUCCUCUAUUUUAUAUGGCAAUUCUAAUAGUAAAUGUUCUACCCCCAACAGUGAUACCUGAGUAAUGACUACUUAGAAAAUAAUACAAUAGUGUAGACAGUUUAAUCUGCAAGUGUUCCACCAAAAAUUCUAUACUCAAAAGCAUGCUGAGAGCUCAAAAUGGCUAAAAACUACUGUUUAACAGAACGGGAUAUUUUCAAAAAGUGAUGGUGUCGUGAUCGACUUGAAAAAGAUAUUAACUCUAUAUGCUUCAACUAAGGCUCCAGGUUAAUUAUUGGUUUUAGGUUAGUAGAAGAAUUUAUACUAUUAUGAAAGAUGUUCAAGCAAAUACAAAAAAAUGAUUUAGUAGAAGUCAAUUUCAUUUCCAAAUUUCCAGGAGCAUUUAAGAUCACUUAGAAAUAAAUAUUCAACUUGACUGGCACAUGUUACAGAGUGCAUUGGACAAGUCUUCUGAAUUGUGUAGGAAUUCAGCCAAGAUGAAGGACAAAUAAAUCCUAAGAACAGUGACCCUCAUGAACCUGGGAAAUUAUUCUCUAAAGGGUAAAAAAUGAAUUAUUAUGGACAGAUAGGGUUUCUAAAAUAUUUUUUUUUAAAUCACAAGAUGUUUUUCCUAUCAACUAGGGUCAUUGUAGCCCAAGUUCUUUGGACAUUAUAUAGAUUUGUGAUUACAAAUUAGUGAUUGUUACUUAACAAAUAUUAAGAACUCGUGAUGCUUAAUAGAUAUUAAGCACUAGCCAUUUCUAUGAUACACUCUUGGAUAGUUAAUCAACUUUCCUUCUUUGAAUUGACUGUUAAGCCAGGUCAGAGCCAGAUUUGUGCCCUAUAUCUGCAAAAUACAUUACGGCAUGGUGGUUUUUUUUUUCUUCGUGUGUGUGUGUGUGUGUGUAUGUGUGUGUGUGUUAACCUUAUUUCUGGCUUCCUCUUAUUUUCCACUCCUUAAUUUAGCUUAACCCAAUUUUCUGUUUAAAAAAAAAAUCUAAUUGGUAUGAGAAGAGCCAUCUUAUCUGAAGUGAUUGGGACCUAUUUGGUUGUUAAAUUUGUAAAGUUAGUUAAAUAUAGAUUAAAAGAAGAUAAAAAUACUGUUUUAACUAGCCUUAAAAAAUUGUAAGUUCAAAUUGUAUCUUAUUUUUUCAACUUUAACAUUUUAACCUAAAAUACAGAGAAGUAAUUUAUUCACUAUUUUUUUGUUACAUGAGGCCAGGGUCUUGUCUUUGUUAUGAUUUUACAGUUUUAAUUUCUUUCUUACAGGAAAUACAUCAAAAAAGUUUUAAGAUUUCUAAUCAGUUUUUAUUAAAUGAAGCAAAGCUUAAAAACACUUGGAAAAUUGUAAAAUCCUUCCAGAUUCCACAGUAUCCUCUAUCGUCCAGACUUCAGUAGUUCACAUCUAUUUUCAAACAAUUUUCAGUUGUUUCCUAAUACCUUGAGUCUUUUAUAAAGAAUUCAACUUAGUUUUUAAUUUGCUUUGAAAAAUAAUUAAUUAUGGAAAUUUUCUAAUAGAAGGUACAGAAAAAAUGAGAUGUGUACAUACCACGAAGCCUUAUUUUCUAUACAUCACUUCAAAGCAAAAAGUUCCUCUGUCCCAGAAGUAUACAAAAUCCUGAAAUUGGUGUUUAUUAUUCUCAUGCAUAUUUUAAAUGUAUUCGUGUUUUCAUCCAUAAACAGUAUAUACUAUUUUGUGUUACAUAAAUAAUAUACUAUAUAUCCCUUUCCAAUUUUUUCAUCCAUGAUUGUCUUUGAGAUUUAUCCAUGUUGAUUUAUAUAAUUCAUGUAGUUUGUUCAUUUUAACUGUCACGUAGAAUUCUCUUAUAUAUAUAAUCCAGUUUCUCUUCCCUUGCUAUUAGGUUAUUUCAAACUUUCCACUAUCAAAAAUAGUGAACACAAAGUCCUUGUAUAUAAGUUGUGCUCAUAGGGAAGAUCUUUUUUCUUCUAGGACAGAUACCUGGAACCGAAAGUUCGGAGUUCAGGAUGUGUAUUAAUUCAAUUUUGUGAAACAUUGCCAAAAAAUGCUCUAAAGCAUUGUACCAAUUUACAUUCCUACCAAUACAUGAGGAACAUGCAAGAUUUGGCCACAUCUUAGCCAACAUUAGGUUAUUAACUUUUUAAAUUUUUGUAAAACUUAUGGAUGAGAAAUGGUAAUUAACUUUUAUUUUCCUGAUAACUAUGAGAUUGAACAUCUUUGCAUGCAUUUUUUGCCUAUUUAUGUUUGUUUAUUUUUGUAAUUUUUUGGUCAUUUUCUCAUUGAUUUGUAGUCAUCAGGAGUUAUUUUGUAUAUUUGGGAUAAUAGUCCUAACAAUACCUUUCAAGUAUGGUUUUUUCUUUUUCUCUUCUAGAGUUAUACAGAAUUUUUUAAUGUUUUUUAUAUAAUCAAAUGUCUCAGUCUUUUUCUUCUAUAUGUACUUCCUUGAAAGUUUGAGAAAUUCUUCUCUACUGCAGUGUUACAAAUUCUUAAAUAUUUUCUUGUAAGCAUUUUAAAUUUUCUUUUCAUAUUUGAUUCUUUAAUCUACCUAAAAUAGAUUUUUGUUUGUGAGGAAGAGAUAUAAUUCUGUCUUUUCUUAAUUGUUUAACCAGUUAUCCCAGCAUUUUUUAUUGAAUCCUUUCCCCACUGAUUUAUAAUACCCGUUGAUUUAUAAUAUCACCUCUAUCAUAGAUGAAGCUCUUAUCUGUUCAUUGGUCUGUUUGUCUAUACUAUACCAGUACUACUCUGUUUCAAUUUUAAUAGCUUUAUAGUAAAUCAAUAUUAAGUAAGGCAAACCCUCCUUUUAUUUUCCUUCAAGAUUAUCUUGGUUUUGGGGGGCCUUUUCUCUUUCUCAUAGACCAGUUUGUUGAAGAUCAAGGAGGGAAAAUACCUGAUGGGAUUUUGAUUGGAAUAGCAUUGUAUUUAUAGAUGAAUUUCUGGAGAAUUGACAUGUUUACCAUAAUAAAAGUUCCCAUGAUCUAUCUCUACAUUUGUUUAAGGGUAGUCAUCACAUGAGCUGCUUAGGGAGAGAUCGCUAAGCAAAAUAAAACGGAAAAUCUACUAGAAUCAAGAAUGAUGGAUCCCUGUUCAGUUGGAGUCCAGCUUCGUACCACAAAUGAGUGUCAUAAAACAUACUAUACUCGUCACACAGGUUUCAAGACUUUGCAAGAAUUGUCAUCAAAUGAUAUGCUUUUACUUCAACUUAGAACUGGAAUGACACUUUCUGGGAAUAAUACAAUCUGCUUCCAUCAUGCAAAAAUUUACAUUGACAGAUUUGAAGAUUUGCAGAAGUCGUGUUGUGACCCAUUUAACAUACACAAAAAACUAGCCAAAAAAAAUUUGCAUGUAAUUGAUUUAGAUGAUGCCACUUUCCUGAGUGCAAAAUUUGGAAGGCAGCUUGUACCUGGGUGGAAGCUUUGUCCAAAAUGUACACAGAUAAUCAAUGGAAGUGUGGAUAUUGAUUCUGAAGACCGUCAGAGAAGAAAACCUGAUUCAGAUCCUUUCUCCUUUGCUGUUAAUCCUGUUCUUGUUUGGGUUUUGAAAAUACUGGGAAGAACUGCUAAAGCUUUAAGGUCAUUACAGUUUACAAACCCAGGAAAGCAAACUGAAUUUGCUCCAGAAACUGGUAAAAGAGAAAAAAGAAGGCUUACAAAAAAUGCAUCAGCUGGUUCAGACAGACAAGUGAUACCAGCAAAGAGUAAGGUCUAUGAUAGCCAGGGUCUCCUGAUUUUCAGUGGGAUGGAUCUCUGUGACUGCCUUGAUGAAGACUGCUUAGGAUGUUUCUAUGCUUGUCCUGCUUGUGGUUCUACCAAAUGUGGAGCUGAAUGCCGUUGUGACCGCAAGUGGCUGUAUGAGCAAAUUGAAAUAGAAGGAGGAGAAAUAAUUCAUAAUAAACAUGCCGGAUUCUGCCAGUGAUUGGUCACCUUGCAUCUGUUAUUCAGUUAACACACAGACAGCAAAGUGUGCGGUCGGAUUGUCUCCUUGUUACCCAUCUGACAUUUUACAAAGUGGAUAAUUGAAAGAGAAAAUUGUCCAGCAAACAAAGGUGAAAGUGCAGCAAAGAAAUGAAAAGUUAACACUGGAAGUGAAGUUUGAAUCCAACAUAAAAGGAAUUAGAGAAGAUAUAGCUGAUCAUGGAAAUGUUGACACUGCUGCCAUUGGAGAGACUCUAGAUAUGCAGCCAGAGGAACUUAGUGAAGGCAUAUUUAUCAGCAUAAAUGAGGAAAGUGGUUGUGAUGAAAGGAUGAAUAUGUUCCAGAGGAAGUGGUGCUGACAAAAAAACUUCACAUUAAAGGAAACUCUCAGAAAUAUUUCACAAGAUUGAAAGUACAAAAUAUAAAACGUUGGAAACUGAUCCAAACUUAAAAGAAGUAUGAUAGUUCGCCAAAGUAUAGGAAAGAUGCUCACUCAAUAACCAUAAGAUAUUCAGUAAAAAGAAGAAUGCAAGCACUGUUCAAACUAUUUUUUGAUUAUCUUUUUUCAAUGAAAUAAAAACACUUUAAUUCUCAAUAUUUCUAGUGUUUUAAAUUACAGUAUACUAAAUAUGUUUUGCUAUUUUGUCAUUUUCUUUUGCAUUUGUAACUGAUAAGAGUUUUUAGUAUUUUGAAAAAAAUCUUUAAAGGUCACAGAACAACCAUAAUUCUUCCCAUUGAUUAUUAAGAUUGCUUUGCAUGGCCAUUUUUAUGGUCCCAUACUACUAUGCAAAGCAAGGACUGCCUAAAGCUGAGAACUGUGACUUCAGGGAAAAUUAAUUUUGUUACAGCUGGGUAGUUGAGUGUUAAAAACUGUUUUGGAAAUAAUUUGUAUAUCUAAGUGCUAACUCUCCAUGUAUUCUCCAUGUAUUCUUCAAAUAAAAAAAAUUAAAUGUUUUA